GGGGAGUGUGUAAAAAAAAAAAAGAAGAAGGGGGAGAGCGGAUAAAGCCUGAGCGGAGAUCAUGAGCUCCGCACUCCCUUACGACUCGCUGUCGGCCCGGCCGAGUCCCAGCAGACGGGCUUUGGAUUGGGAACGGGAGCAGCUAGCGGUCAGAAGACUUUCCUCCCCGCUUGGUGUGAACCUGCUCACUCCUCCUCCUCUUCCUCGGCGACCUUCGGCCAUCCCAGGCUACCUGCUGCCUCCCUACCAAGACCAAGAGGAGCAGCUUCACCAGCAGCACCAGCGUCUGUCCUUGUCCGUUUGCUCCGAAGCCUCGCUGGCGCCUCCCGCCCCCCCGCCGGUGGGUGCUGCCCCACCUUGCUGUCGCCCAGUGGGAGUCAUGCACCUCCUCCGUCUGGGUCUCCUGGCUUUCAGCUGCCUCUUCUGGGCAGCAGGGUUGGCCAUCUUCACCCUUGGUGUUUGGGCUCAGAUCUCCUUGGCGGACUACAUGACCCUGUCAGCCAAUCGGUACCCCAACGCCCCUCUUAUCCUUCUCUCUACCGGGGCAGCUGUUACUGCUUGGGGGUUCCUCGGUUGCCUUGGGGUGGCUGCAAACCUGCCCUGUGUCCUGAGGGCCUAUGGGUUCUUCCAACUUGCUACUCUAGUCGCCGGUUUGGCCGCUGGUCUUUCUGGGCUCUUCUACCGUGAAGACAUCGCUGGAGGAUUUCGCAGUGGCUUGCAUCGAGCCGUGGCAGGCUACACAGAGGAUGAAGGCCGUGCCGACGCUCUAGAUAGUCUGCAGAGAGCUUUGGAGUGCUGCGGUGCUGAGGGUUGGCGCGACUGGCUGAAUUCGGACUGGGCCAUCCAGCACAUGACUUUCCUUCCCGCUGAGAAUGGCACCUCGGUCUCCCUUCCCGACAGCUGCUGUGUGAGGCGGAAGGGUUGCAGGAAUCGGCCGCUCCUGUCGGAUGACAAUGACGGAGUGGCGGCUGCAGGAAUCCAUCCACACGGCUGCUUCCGGAAAGUCUUCAGCUUGGUCAACGACAACGUCUUCCAUAUUGCUGCCACUGUUUUAGGGUUGGCCUUCACACAGAUCGGGGGCAUUGCCCUGGCUUGUCUUCUGGCCAACAAACUGACACCCAGACAGCACGGACGUGUCGUGGCACACUAAAGACUUGACUGAUCUAUUGACAGGUUGGUUCUGAAUGAGGGAUGACAUCUCAGAGAAGUAAAGUAUAGGAACAGGAGGUUUGUUGUUCAGGACGAAAGAAUCAAAAAUGUGACCUAUUAUGCUUCCCAGACCAGGUUAGGAGAGAUUUACGGGUUAAUCAAAACAAACUAAUUACAUUAUUUAUUUAUUUUUUAGCACAAAUUCAUUCUUAGAUAUUGAGAUUUUA